AUCAUUUUCACUCAACUCAAGAAUUCGAACAAGAUGACGUCUCCAAAGUUGGUCUUUUAUCUGACGUGUUUGUUCUUAGGAACAAUCGCUCAGACGACUGAUCGGAAACUAUCCUCAAGUGUUCGCCAAGAGAAACGUUAUAUAUCUGCUAAUGUUGGAGUAAAUGUGACUUUGCCAUGCUCCAAUGAAGACGAUGAUACAAAUCGGCUUUACUGGUUCAAACAAACUCUGGGACAGAAACCAAGGCUCAUCUCAUCCGUCACUCCUUAUGAUGCAAGACCCACUUUUUAUGAUGAAUUCAACAACAAGUCACGCUUCACACUUGAUCACGGAAAAAGUACAAAUCACCUGACGAUUUUAAAUGUGCACAUUUCAGACUCAGCCACUUACUACUGUGCAUUUACCAAUCGAUAUGUGGUGAAUUUUGCCGAAGGCACUACUAUCAGUGUCACAGGUUCAGGUUUGAACCCCCCACCUUCGGUCCAUCAGUCAGCAUCUGAGAUCAUCCAGUCAGGAGACUCUGUGACUCUGAACUGUACAGUACACACUGGCAGCUGUGAUGGAGAACACAGUGUUUACUGGUUCAAAAACUCUGAGGACUCUCCAGGACUCCUUUACACCCGUGGAGGCAGUCAGUGUGAGAGGAAACCCAACACACAAACACACACCUGUGUGUACAACCUGCCAAUGGAGAGCCUGAAUCUUUCUCAUGCUGGGACCUACUACUGUGCUGUUGCCUCAUGUGGACACAUACUGUUUGGAGACGGGACCAAGCUGGACUUCGAAGAUGAGGUUGACUCUCUUGUGUAUUUCUUGAGUGGAUCUUUGGCAAUCAACGCCAUCCUGGUUGUUCUACUGGCUUUCAUAAUAAACAAGAUGAAGAAAAUGAACAGCUGCCAGUCAACAGAGUCUUCAACAAGAUUUCCAGCUCCGUCCACAGCAGAUUCAGAGGGUUACCAGCGAGCAGAGAAGAUCUACUAUGGUGCUUUGGGUGUCAACCUGACAAACAGAUCAGGAAGACAGAAGGAGCCGACCUGGAGUGAAUGUGUGUAUUACAGCGUAAAGCAGUAGAACAGGAAGUAGUACAUUUGUACUUUUGAGUCAGACAAGUUGUUCCUUUUUUAUUCCUUCUCUGUGUGCAGCCCAAAAAAAAAGAAGAGAUCAUUCUGUUCUUUGCUAAUGUGUAUUUUAAGGAUAGUAACCAGAAGCCUAUCUUUAGAAGCUAAGAUUUAUUGAUGAUGCAAAAGUCACUUAUAUGCUUUUAGGUUUAACCUCAUUUGAUUAUUUUUGAUAUCCUCCUUGUAUUUUAACCAGAUCCAACAUGUAUGUUUGUAUUUGGAAUUUAUUGCAUUUAUGAUCAAUAAAAAUCAACAUUUGGAGCUAUA